UCACCGGCCGGAACACGAGCUCCUCCGAGGCUUAGGUUCUCUAGGACAUAUGGGUCCCAAGAAAGGCAGGAGAUGCUUUGAGGUUCACAGAUUUGAAAGUGGGAGGGGCUGGGAAACCCAUUCUCUCUAGAUCUGUCUCUCCAGCCCGGGGGCUAGCCCCUCCCCUCCAGACGCUCCUCCCUUGGUCCAGCCCCUGGCUUCCUCCUGGCUUCCAGCCGCGGUCCCCCUCUUUCCCUGCGCUCUGGGCAGCCCCCAGCCUGGCUCAGCUCUGCGAGCCCUGGGGGCCGACACCACCCUCUGCCUGUUUUGCCAUGCGCCCGCCGCCCUCUGCACUCCUGCUCCUGCUGCUGCUGCUGCUUGGGGGCAGGCCCUCCUGGGGGUCCUCUGAGCCCCCGCUUCCAGCCGUGGUCAUCGCUGUGUUGGCUCGCAACGCCGGAUACUCCCUGCCGCACUAUCUCGGGGCUCUGGAGCGGCUGGAUUACCCCCGGGCCCGCCUUGCCCUCUGGUGUGCCACAGACCAUAAUGUGGACAAUACAACAGAGAUUCUUCAGGAGUGGCUGGCUGCUGUGGGCAAGGACUAUGCAGAAGUGGUGUGGCGACCUGAAGGCGAGCCAAGGUUAUACCCAGAUGAAGAGAGUCCCAAACAAUGGACCAAGGAACGCCACCAGUUCCUCAUGGAGCUGAAACAAGAAGCCCUGGACUUUGCCCGAGCUUGGGGAGCUGACUAUAUCUUGUUUGCAGACACUGACAACAUCCUGACCAACAACCAGACCUUGAAGUUCCUGAUUGGGGAGGGCCUGCCAGUGGUGGCCCCUAUGCUGGACUCCCAGACUUAUUACUCCAACUUCUGGUGUGACAUCACACCACAGGGCUAUUACCGGCGUACACCAGAUUACUUCCCUACCAAGAAUCGACAGCGUCAGGGCUGUUUCCAAGUGCCCAUGGUACAUUCUACCUUUCUGUUAGCCCUUCGGGGCAAGGAGGCUGACCAACUGGCUUUCUAUCCCCCCCAUCCCAACUACACAUGGCCCUUUGAUGACAUUAUCGUCUUUGCUUAUUCUUGCCAGGCUGCAGGUGUCUUGGUCCACAUUUGCAACCAGCAUCGUUUUGGAUACAUGAAUGUUCCAGUCAAAUCACAUCAGGGGCUAGAGGAUGAGAAAGUCAACUUUGUCCAUCUAAUCUUGGAGGCCCUGGCGGAUGGUCCGCCUAUGCAGCCUUCAGCCCAUGUGUUCCUGCCCCCGAAAAGGCCCAACAGGAUGGGGUUUGAUGAGGUUUUUGUCAUCAGCCUAGCCCGUCGGCCUGAACGCCGAGAACGGAUGCUAAGCUCCCUGUGGGAGAUGGAGAUUGCUGGACGGGUACUGGAAGCUGUGGAUGGCAGUGCACUCAACAGCAGCACCAUCAAAAGCCUGGGUGUGGACCUUCUCCCUGGCUACUAUGACCCCUACUCUGGCCGCACGCUGACCAAGGGGGAGGUGGGCUGCUUCCUCAGCCACUACGCCAUCUGGGAGGAGAUGGUCACCAGGGGUCUGGAACGGGUCGUGGUGUUCGAGGAUGAUGUGCGCUUUGAAGCCAGUUUCAGGCAGCGGCUGGAGCGGCUGAUGGAGGAGGUGUCUCAGGAGCAGCUGCAGUGGGACCUGAUUUACCUAGGGCGCAAGCAAGUUACCUGGGAGGAGGAGCCAGCUGUGGAAGGUGUGCACCACCUCGUAGUAGCCAACUACUCCUACUGGACUCUGGCCUACGCUCUGUCCCUGAGCGGGGCUCGGAAGCUGCUGCAAGCCCAGCCUCUGGGCAGGAUGCUGCCUGUGGAUGAAUUCCUGCCCAUCAUGUAUGACCGGCAUCCCAAUGAAGACUACAAGAAGCACUUCUUCCCCCGGGACCUGAGAGCCUUUGCUGUGAGGCCCCUGCUUGCUUUCCCCACCCACUAUGCAGGGGAUGCUCAGUGGCUGAGCGACACAGAGACAUCUACCAUCUGGGAUGAUGAUACUCAGGCCACUGGUUGGAGUGGUUCUCGAAAGACCCUGAGGGACCCAAGGUUGGACAGGGUGCGCAGCAGUGGACACAGCUUCCAUUCCGCUUCUCAUGAUGAGCUCUAGUGUUGAGGGGGUUUGUCUGUAGAUCAAUGAAUAAACCUCGACAAGCAGAGCUGACACAAGGAUCUCCAGCCAGGAGCCGGCAGUAGCCAGAAGAAACCCUUCUAGCUCCCCUAGGUCCAGUGGAGAGAUCACUGCUGUUCAUUUCAGUGUUUCCUUAUCUGAGUCAAAACCAGGGCCAUUACCACUGUAAUUUCCCCACUCCUCUUCCCCAAAACAACAGCAAACCACUCCCCCUUUCCACAAAGGUGCUAAGGCAAGGGGCUACUAACCAGCUGCCGGCUUGUUGUUUUUGUUUUUUUUUUUUACAGAGGGUAGGUGGGAACUGAGUCCCUAAGAAUCUCUCUCUCAAGGUCACAGACACACUACUUUAGUCUCAAUGGUCUGGGAUCUGUUCAAUAGUGUAUAUGGAAGGAGGGAGGAGACCCUAGAAUUCUUGGCUGACCUGCUCAAACCUAGAGCUGAGCCCUUUAUCUUUCUCACCCCGACUCCGUCCUGCAUCCCUCUUUCUCUGAAGUUAGGGCUAAGGAAAGGAACAGGAUUUGGAAAUCUCCCAGACUGAAGAGGAGGAGACAGAAAAAACAAGGACUAGGAAUCUGAGGUUGGCAACUGAGCUUUCCACUACCACUAGGCAGCAGGAUGAAACAUUCACUGAUCCCGUCACCACUGAUCAGGAGGUUAUCAGCAGUAGCAAGGCUGAAUGACCUCUGUAGCUAUCUGACUGUACCCAAAGCCUGGGGAACCCUCUCUACCCGCUUUCUUUAGCUCUUUCUGGAGGCUGUUACUGACACAGCAUGAAUUAGCUGCCUAAGGUACCAGUCCCAGGAAGAUAGAGAAGGAUCCAUUCCAGACCUGAUGUCUUGUAAUAAAUAAAUGUUUGGUUUGCACUUUAAA